AUGACGGGCCUGGCGGUGCCAUUGAGCUCCCGCAGCUACCGCCGCGACUUUUCGGAGAAUUACAUCAUGCUCUUGGGUCAAGGUGAUGGGAUCUACCGCCCCGAGAUCCUCUCAGCCGCGAUCCGCCAGGAGUCGCUGGUGUUGGUGAAUGGACAGGCACAUCAACUGAGACCUGCCACCCUUGGUAAGGGCAUGGUGUUGAAGAACUGUUUCCAGGAACUCUGUGAGAUCUUGAGCGAAUCCUCCAAGCGGAAUCGCUUCCCCUUGGUCCGUUUGAGAGCUGCCAUGGCAGCCUUUGAAUCGAUCUGGGUGCAGUAUGAAGAGGUCUACAUCAGUGAGCCUAGCCAUAGACGUAACCAGCAUUCAGUAAAUCAACAUGCUAAAUGGUGGUGGGAGCUGUGA